GUUCAAACGAUUUCCUUGCAGAAGGCGCAGCGCCCGUUCAAAUGCCCUUGGAGCCUUCCGUCACUACUCCCAGUGAUGGAGAAGAUCUCCGUCGCCAUCCGCUUCCGCCCCCCGACCCCGACCGCCGUCGAUCCGUCCUCCGAUCGGAUUUGGAAGGUCGAAGAUAAUCGUAUCUCGCUUCACUGGCCCCUUGGAACUCCGAUCUCGGGCGUCUCCUUUGCGUUCGAUUAUGUCUUUGAUCAGAGCUAUAACAACACGAUGGUUUAUGAUCCCCUGAUCAAAUCCAUCAUCCGAGCCGCCAUCAAUGGGUUCAACGGGACUGCUUUCGCUUAUGGGCAGACGAGCAGCGGAAAAACUUUCACCAUGAAUGGCUCGGAAGAGGAUCCCGGAAUCAUCCCUCUUGCUGUCAAGGAUGUAUUUAGAACAAUCGAGAUGACUACGGACCGUGAGUUUUUGAUUAGGGUCUCAUAUAUGGAGAUUUACAAUGAAGAGAUUAAUGAUCUACUGACGCUGGGAAACCAGAAACUCCCAAUUCAUGAAAGCCUGGAGCGAGGAAUCUAUGUGGCGGGUCUAAGGGAGGAAAUUGUGAACAGUUCUGUACAAGUGAUUGAACUACUCAAACUUGGAGAAGAAAAUAGGCAUUUUGGUGAAACUAACAUGAACACUCGGAGCAGCAGAUCACAUACUAUAUUUAGGAUGGUUAUUGAGAGCAGUGCAAGAGAUUCCAUGGAAUCUGAAGAUGUAUCAAAUGCAGAUGCUAUUCGUGUAUCAGUUCUGAACUUGGUAGAUUUAGCUGGCUCAGAGAGGAUUGCUAAAACAGGCGCAGGAGGAGCUAGACUGAAGGAGGGGAAACACAUUAAUAAGAGCUUAAUGAUUCUUGGUAAUGUGAUCAACAAACUCAGUGAGAGUGGAAAACAAAGGGGGCACAUUCCAUAUCGUGAUAGUAAGUUGACCCGCAUUCUUCAACCGGCUCUUGGUGGCAACUCAAAAACUUCUAUAAUUUGUACAGUUGCACCAGAAGAGGUUCACAUAGAGGAAAGUAGAGGGACACUUCAAUUUGCAAGCAGAGCCAAGCGAAUCACAAAUUGUGUCCAAGUGAAUGAGAUUUUAACGGAUGCUGCUCUACUGAAACGACAAAAACAAGAGAUUGAAGAAUUACGGGAAAAACUACAGGGUUCUCAUUCAGAAGUAUUGGAACAAGUCAUCUUGAAGCAACGGAAUGAUAUGCACAAGUCUGAAUUAGAACGUGAAAAACUUGCAAUGGAACUAGAGGAAGAAAGAAAAAGACGUGCGGCAUUAGAACUUUGCAUAAAGGAUCAGCAAAAGAAGCUAGAAGAUCUUAGCAGCCUCUGUACUUCAGACUAUGCUUCAGUUUCAAUUCAGCCCAAAAAAAGCUCAAGAACCAUGCUUGAUGACGCAAGCGUGUCAAAACAUAAUGUACUCAGAACUCCCAAUUUUAAAGCAGUGGGAGAUGAUUUUGUCAUGAAACGGCCAAGCUGCUUCAUGGAACUUGAUUCAAGCCCUACCCUUGAAGCUUUUGGCAACACAGCCGAUGAGGAUCUCUGGAUGCAACUAAACAAAGGUUGUAUCACUGAUCUUGAUAUGCUUCAAUUGACACCGGAUAUAAAAUGCCAGCCAUUGCCAUUAUUUGAUAUGCCACAUGAACCUGUAUUGAAUGAAGACGCAGGCAGUAAAAGAUGUCAUAGCUUGGCAACUGAAUGUGACUUCAUUAGACAACAACUAGAAGCACUACGGGAAAAGUACAACAUCAUGGAAACUGAAUGCACCCUAUUGAAUGAGGAAAACUUUUCUCUAUUUGGAGCUCUCUCCUUGUCCAAACAAGAGAACGAGCAGAUCAGAGCUGAAAAAGAGGAGUUGCUUGACAAAUUGAAUGAAGAAAAGCAGAAGCUGAAGGAACUUAAAAAGGACAUUCAACGGUUUAGCUUGGAAUUUGUAAAAAAGACAGGGUUACAAGUAGCUCUCCACACCAAAUUAAAGGAAGUGUCUGAGAAAAUGAAAGCUCUUAAAGUUCCGUCUGAUGGCUAAGUAGCAAGAGGCACCUUUACUUUAUUCUAAAUGGUUUUUUGGCUUAUGGAUGAAGUGUUCCCCUAUUCUUGUUAAGUUCUCUCCAUACAUUCCCUAUGUCAAUGUUGGUGCAUGUUCUCUUUGUUUAGGACAUCAUAUUGGAUUUCGUUGAUUACAAAUUGAUGUGUAUUUAUUCCAAACUCACUUCACCAUUUACAAGUCUGUUUUACUCA